AAAAAAGCACCCCUCGGCACGACAGCCCUCACCCAUCACAAUGGCAAAAGGCCUGCGCUCCAGCGUCAAGAAAAGGAACCGCUCCAAGCUCCGCGCCCGAGUCUUCGAACCCGUCGAAAACGCCCGCACCGAGCGCCUCCACCAAAAGCUCCUCGAGGCUGCCCAGCAACAGAAGCCCGAGCCGCCCAAGAAGAGCGAAAUGGAUGUCGACUCAGCACAAGCCACCAACACGACCGACGAUGCGGCCAAGGAUGAUGACUUUCCCAAAGGUUCGUCUUUUCUUACUGCUAGCGUUCCACCCUCCCUCUGCGACGAGCCCACCGACCGCAAUUCGACACUCGACCCCCCCAAGGACCGCUUGAAGAGCAGAAAUCUCUUCCACCUGCUGGGACUGUGUGCCGACAUCGUUGGCUUCACCGACGAGGGCGACCUCGAGUUCGCCUUUGACCCGCUGCCAUCUCUUUGGUCAAAGAUGGACGUCGACGACGAAUCCGCUCCUACCAAAUCGAAGCGCAAGUUUGACCGCAAGGCGAUGCGCAAGGCGCGCAAGCAGCGCGGUCGCAAGCCAAAGAACCAGAUAUCCUUUCCUGCCACGCGCGGUAAAGGCGCCCUGAAGCCGUUCUCCGAAUCGCGAGUUCGCAAGCGGCGAUGA